AUGGAUGGAUCAAGGCACGGAACCCAGGCAUUCCACGAUGCUCUUCGCCGAAAUAAAUCGAUAAUAUGCGCCCUUUCCGCGUCCUACAUUUCCACCUUUGCUGGCUAUCCUUUAGACUCCCUCAAGUCAAGGCUGCAAUUAGUGAAAACCCACAUGAGUGUCCCAAGGCUGGCGACGAUUGUAUUUCGUGAAGAAGGCAUUGUAGGUUUCUACCGAGGGCUUUGGAUUCCUCUAGUCACCAUAAGCUUUGUUCGUGCCGCAAGCUUUACGAUAUACACAGAAACAAAAGAGUAUUGUCGCGUUCACGACUAUCUUAAUCGAGACCGUGUUCUCGAUGCCGCUAUUGUUGGUGGUAUUGGAGGCGCUAUGUCAGGCUCCUUGAUCUCAUUUGGAAGUGCUCCGUUUGAACUCGUCAAGGUUCGCAGACAGCUUGAGUACUCGAUCGCUGCCAGUAAAGGCGUGCACAUCGUCAAACCGCCUGGUACUGCCGCCGCAGUCAAAGAAAUCUUCAAAACAAAUGGCAUCUCCGGUCUCUAUUCCGGUUUCCGUCUCCAUUUCGGUGAACAUCCCAAGUUACUCGCCUCUGUUGACCUGAACCUUGUUAGCUCGCGAUACUCUGGGAACAGCAUUAUACUUCUUGGAAGCAAGUCGCUUCUUUAUGAUGGUGCUAGACAUAUCCUAGGCAGGAAUCGGUUGGGCGAGCAAGGCGAAACCCCGUCCUGGUUACCAAUCCCCUCCUCGUUGGUCCCCUUUGUUUGUGGCUCCUUGUCCGGGGUUACCUCGUGGGCAUUGAUCUACCCGCUAGACGUGGUGAAGACCAAAGUGCAACAGCGCGCACUAGCCGGAGAACGAUAUCGAGGUGUCUGGGAAACCCUACGGCGACUUGUCCGAGGACCAGACCCGAAUCAUCCAAAAACGAUUAUUGCGGGAUGUGCCCGAAUAUAUCGAGGACUAGGAAUCAGCGCUUUGCGGAGUAUCACGACCCAUGGGCUGUUGUGGACGCUCUAUGAUUUGACAGCAGAUUGGAUCGACAACCUCCCCGACAGAUAG